AUGAGAUUAGGGUUUGUUUUAUCAAGGGACUUUCUCAGAAAGCCUUAUAUUGUGCGUCAGGAAUUAUCAUCUUCAAGGGAAUUUCUUAAGGAUUUUAGCCUUACGUUUUCAAGUGGACAUCUUGCAAAAGAAACCAGUUCAGAAAAGAAGAAACUCGAAGAGCAGGAUUUUUCCCAAUUAAAGAAAGACAAAGUUCACAGUGAUAUUGAAAUUGCUGCAUUGAAACAAGAUUUGGAUAUGGCAAAAAGAUCACAUGAAGAACAUGUUUUGCAGUUAGAAUUGCAAGCUUCUGAGUCUAAAGUUGUCAUGAAAUCUGUCAAAGAUGAAGUGAUAAAAGCAAAAAGAAGCUACUCGGAGGAAUACAAGUACUUUGGAAUCAAGCUCAAAGGUCUAGCUGAGGCUGCUGAUGAUUAUCAUGUUCUUCUAAUAGAAAAUAGGAAAUUAUAUAUUGAAGUUCAAGAUUUGAAAGGAAAUAUCAGGGUAUAUUGUCGAAUUAGACCAUUUCUUUCUGGGCAAAGCCAGAAACAUACAACAGUUGAGUUUAUUGGUGAAAACGGAGAACUAAUUAUUAGCAAUCCUCUUAAACAAGGAAACAGAAACCAAUAUAAUAAACUUUAA